AUGUAUUGCCAGAAGUGUCGCACACCACUACGGCUAGACGGCUCGCUGGAGUCGCUCAACCCAGCGGCUUUUGAUUUGCUCGUCAACUCGACAGGCAAGACCGUCCCUGAGCAUGGCCCCUCACCAGCCCGCCCAUCCUACCCACCCGAACGACGUGAGCUCUACGAUCGAGUAUCCAAACAAGCGACAUCGCCCGUCUACAGACGAUCCAUCCCGGCCCCGCGCCGGGGCAGCCAGUCCAACCCGCCAGGGAUGCCGCGCGGGGACAGUGGGAACAUGUCAUUCGUGAUGUUGACAGAAUCCCAAGUCGUGCCGCCGGCCGACACUCCCUUGCGACCCGACCGGACUAGACGAGCGAGCAGCGUGCAGACGCAGCAGGAAGAUGUGUCCUACUCCGAUCAGGUCGAGAAGACGACCCGGCUCUUUGAGAUUAUCUCGGCGCGCUCGGAUAUUGACCACCCGAUCUGCGUGGAAUGUACUGAGAUGCUGGUGGAUGCAUUCCAGAAACGACUGACGGGCGCGACGAAAGAGCGGGAUGCGUACAUUUCGUUUCUGCGGAACUUGAAUGCAUCUGUGCCCACCACCGAAGAGCUCGAGGCCGCAGAGAAAGCGUUGAAGGGGAGUCUGGAAGCAGAAGAAGCGGGCUUUGCCGAGCUGGAAAGCUUGGAGCGAGAGAAGGCGGCGCUGGACGAGGAGAUUGCAGCACUGGAAGAAGAAUCACGGCAGUUAGAUGUGGAGGAGGAGACCUUCUGGCGGGAUCGCAACGGCUUUGCCUUGACGCUCUCUGAGUUCCAAAAUGAACGGGAUGCGCUGAACAUGCGCUACGACCACGACUCCCAGCAGCUUGAGCGACUGCAACGGACGAAUGUCUACAAUGAUGCGUUUUGCAUCGGUCAUGAUGGAUAUUUCGGUACGAUCAAUGGACUACGCCUUGGCAGACUGGCCAACCCAUCUGUGGAAUGGCCGGAGAUCAACGCUGCAUGGGGCCAGACGGCGCUGCUCCUGGCCACGAUUGCGGAGCGUCUUGGUUUUCAGUUUCAGGGUUACCGAAUCAGACCCCUAGGGUCCACCUCGCGGAUUGACAAGAUCGAGUACCCGCAGCAGUCUGCGAGUCAGCCCGACACUGACAGCCCAAAAAUCACGCAGUUGGAGCUUUUUUCUUCGGGUGAUCUGCCACUCAAUCUCCCCUGGCUCCACCGUCGCUUUGACGCGGGCAUGGUGGCGUUCCUGGAGUGUCUGCGCCAGCUGGGCCAAUUUGUCGAAUCAACCUCUGCCGCAGUGGCCUCCCCACGUCGCGGUCAGGCCGCCGCCACCGCUCCGGGGUUGAAGCUGCCCUACGAGAUCAAGCGGGACCGUAUUGGCGAUGCCAGCAUCAAACUGGGGUUCAACCAGAACGACGAAACGUGGACGCGCGCCUGCAAGUACACCCUAACGUGCUGCAAGUUCCUGCUGGCGCACGCGAGCAAUGUCGCCAGUGCCAGUUCCAGCAACUCCGCCGCUGUUGCGGCUGCAGCCGUGGCAGCCGCCGACCAGGUUCGCCAGCCGACCGCCUCCUCCGCCAAGAGCCGACCUUGA